GUAAUCUGGCGGCGGGGGUACCUUUGCCGCGGGCCGGAUGUACAUCCAAGUACGUAGAGCAGCUGGUGUUAGUGGCAAGUUGCUUCAACUGUUUGUCUGCUAGGCCGUCAAAGCUUGUCCUCCUCACGCUCUUAUUGCCCUGUCUCUCUCCCCGCCCUAGGUGCGCUGCAUGCAGUGAUAUUUCCGUUUCUUUUGCUGUUGUGCAAUGCCGGCCUGUUUGAAUUGAUCUCUCUGCUGCUCCAGCAUCCUGUUAGACGAGCAUAGACGGAACGAACGCAAAACAACGCCGCCGCGAUGCCAGGGAGCUCACGCAUUCCUCAGAGCCUCCGCGGCAGUCUGGAGAGCGUCAAGCGCCGCCGACAGGCGCUCUCCCUCCGCAUGAUCAACCUGGACCUCCUCAAGAACAUCCUCUUCUUUUUCUUCGUGCUCCGGUAUACCCGGCGGCUGUGGUGGAAGCUCAAGGGCCGAGGCAUCAUCGGCGCCAUCCUCGAGCUGUACCGCGACAUUGAACGGACGCUCUAUGGCUACUUUUUGCGCGCGCCGGGCGUGCGCGGCCAGGUGCAGAAGAAGGUCAAGGAAUCGCUCGAGAAGAUGUCCAACAAGCUGGUGCCCCCCGGCCAGACGAGAUACCUGACGCUGCCGAAGGAGGGCAUGACGGACGAGGCGGUGCGCGCAGAGCUCGACGCCCUUGCCAACAUGGACCAUACGCGCUGGGAGGAUGGCUUUGUGUCUGGCGCGGUGUACCAUGGCGAGGACGAGCUGCUCAAGCUGCAGGCCGAGGCCUUUGGCAAGUUUACCGUGGCGAAUCCAAUCCACCCGGAUGUCUUCCCUGGCGUGCGCAAGAUGGAGGCCGAGAUUGUGAGCAUGGUGCUCAACAUGUUCCAUGCCCCGGUCGGAGCUGCUGGAGUGACAACCUCCGGCGGCACUGAGAGUAUCCUGAUGGCUGUGCUGUCUGCACGCCAAAAGGCCUACAAUGAGCGUGGAGUUACGGAGCCUGAGAUGAUCCUGCCGGCCACCGCACAUACGGCCUUCCGCAAGGCUGGCGAGUACUUCAAGAUCAAGAUUCACUACGUAGACUGCCCUGCUCCCUCGUAUCAGGUAGAUAUUCGCCGCGUCUCACGCCUCAUCAACAGCAACACUGUUAUGCUUGUUGGUUCUGCGCCCAACUUCCCCCACGGCAUCAUCGAUGACAUUUCAGCCCUGAGCAAGCUCGCACUGCGCAAGAAGCUCUGCCUUCACGUGGACUGCUGCCUCGGCUCCUUUGUCAUUGCCAACCUUGAAAAGGCUGGCUUUGAGUCGACGCCCUUUGAUUUCCGCCUCAAGGGUGUCACCAGUAUCAGCUGCGACACGCACAAGUACGGCUUCGCCCCCAAGGGCAGCUCCACGGUGCUCUACCGCAACGCCGAGCUGCGAUCAUACCAGUACUUUGUGUCUCCCGACUGGGCAGGCGGCGUCUACGCCUCGCCCGGCUUGGCAGGAUCACGGCCAGGAGCGCUGAUUGCCGGCUGCUGGGCCAGCAUGAUGCGCCUGGGUGAGGCGGGCUACGUGGACGCCUGCGUCAAGAUUGUGGGGGCCACCAAGAAGAUUGCCGAGGCGAUUGAGAACGGCCCCGUGCUCGGCGGCGAGCUAGACCUCAUCGGCAAGCCGCUGGUGUCGGUUGUCGCCUUUUCGUCCAAGACGCUCAACGUGUACGAUAUCGCAGACGGCAUGUCAUCCAAGGGCUGGCACCUUAACGCGCUGCAGAGCCCACCGGCCAUCCACGUCGCAGUGACCAUGCCCAUAGUGAAGGUGUGGGAGCGGCUGGUUGCUGAUUUGGAGACGGUCGUGGAGGAGGAGCGCGAGAAGGAGAGGGUCAGGCUGGUGGAGGGCAAGGGGGCCAAGGGCAAGGCAAUGGGCGACUCGGCGGCGCUGUACGGCGUGGCGGGAUCGCUGCCGAACAAGGGGGUGGUUGUUGACCUGGCGACAGGGUUCCUCGACUUGCUGUACAAGGUAUGAUGAGAGUGAGGCGACGAGUGUGAGUGUGAGUGUGAGUGCGAGUGCACGUGUGUGAGUACGGAGUUUUUGCCCGCAUCUGUCUGUCUGCCUGCUUGUGUGUCUGUGUCUGUCUGUGUCUGUGUCUGUGUCUGUGUUUAGACAUGUGAGCGACCGGAGUUACUACUACUACGGAAGUGCAAACUUGUAGUAUUAUUUUUGUCUCUUUUGGUAUCCCUUUUCUUGUUUUUUAUCCCAUGGGUUUAUUCUUGGAUAGCUAGCUAGUACUAUUAGGCCAUAGAUAGCAGACGGAGAUAGGAAGAAACAAAAAAAAAACUGAUCCAAGGUGCA